AGGGGAGCCAAGCCCAGCCCUAAAGGUGCCGGCCGCCUGCUCUACAGGCCCCGCGGCGGCAAGCAUGGCCUCUCCCGGGGCCCCCGAGCCCCGGCCGGAGUUACCGGAGCACAACUCCGGGUACCGAGAGGUCCAGUACUGGGACCAGCGCUACCGGGACGCGGCCGACUCUGCCCCCUACGAGUGGUUCGGAGACUUCUCCUCUUUCCGGGCCCUCCUAGAGCCGGAGCUGCGGCCCGAGGACCGUAUCCUGGUGUUAGGAUGUGGAAACAGUGCCCUGAGCUACCAGCUAUACCUUGGGGGCUUCCCUGAUGUGACCAGUGUGGAUUACUCAUCAGUAGUGGUGGACGCCAUGCGGGCUCGCUAUGCUCAUGUGCCCACGCUGCGCUGGGAGACCAUGGACGUACGAGCACUGGGCUUUCCCAGUGGUUCCUUCGAUGUGGUGCUCGAGAAGGGCACACUGGAUGCCCUGUUGGCUGGAGAACGGGAUCCCUGGACCGUGUCCUCUGAAGGUGUCCACACCGUGGACCAGGUGCUGAGUGAGAUGGUGGAGUACCGACGGGCCACGCUGCGGGAAGACGACGCGCCCGAGACCCCCGUGGAGGGCGGAGCCUCCCUGGACUCUGUGGAGGUGGGAUUCCAGAAGAGGACGGGACACCUCUUGGGCUUGCACACCCAGCUGGAGCUGGUCUUGGCAGGGGUCUCGCUACUGCUGGCUGCGCUGCUUGUGGGCUGCUUUGUGGCCCUGGGGGUCCAGUACUACCGAGACCCUUCCCACAGCACCUGCCUCACAGAGGCCUGCAUUCGAGUGGCCGGGAAAAUCCUGGAGACCCUGGACCGCGGGGUGAGCCCCUGUGAGGACUUUUACCAAUUCUCCUGCGGAGGCUGGAUCCGGAGGAACCCCCUGCCGGAUGGGCGUUCUCGCUGGAACACGUUCAAUAGCCUCUGGGACCAGAACCAAGCCAUCCUGAAACACCUGCUCGAAAACGCCACCUUCAAUUCCAGCAGCGAAGCCGAGCGGAAGACACAGCGCUUCUACCUGUCCUGCCUCCAGGUGGAGCGCAUUGAGGAGCUGGGAGCCCAGCCGCUGCGGGACCUCAUUGAAAAAAUUGGCGGUUGGAAUAUUACGGGGCCCUGGGACCAAGACAACUUCAUGGAGGUGCUGAAGGCAGUAGCGGGGACCUACAGGGCCUCCCCCUUCUUCACCGUCUACAUCAGUGCUGACUCUAAGAGUUCCAACAGCAAUGUUAUACAGGUGGACCAGUCUGGGCUCUUUCUCCCUUCUCGAGAUUACUACCUAAACAGGACCGCCAAUGAGAAAGUGCUCACCGCCUACCUGGACUACAUGGAAGAGCUGGGGCUGCUGCUGGGCGGACAGCCGGCCUCCACCCAGGAGCAGAUGCGGCAGGUGCUGGAGCUGGAGAUACAGCUGGCCAACAUCACGGUGCCCCAGGACCAGCGCCGGGACGAGGAGAAGAUCUAUCGCAAGAUGAGCAUCGCCGAGCUGCAGGCCCUGGCGCCCUCCUUGGACUGGCUGGAGUACCUGUCUUUCUUGCUGUCACCGCUGGAGCUGAGUGACUCGGAGCCUGUGGUGGUGUAUGGGACGGAUUAUUUGCAUCAGGUGUCAGAGCUCAUCAACCGCACGGAGCCAAGCACCCUGAACAAUUACCUGAUCUGGAACCUGGUGCAGAAGACAAGCUCAAGCCUGGACCGACGCUUUGAGGCUGCACAAGAGAAGCUGCUGCAGACCCUCUAUGGCACCAAAAAGUCCUGCAUACCAAGGUGGCAGACCUGCAUCUCCAGCACGGACGAUGCCCUUGGCUUCGCGUUGGGCUCCCUCUUUGUGAAGGCCUCAUUUGACCGGCAAAGCAAGGAAUUCGCGGAGGGGAUGAUUAGCGAGAUUCGAGACGCCUUCGAGGAGGCCCUGGGACAGCUGGUUUGGAUGGAUGAGAAGACCCGCCAGGCAGCCAAAGAGAAAGCAGAUGCCAUCUACGAUAUGAUCGGCUUCCCGGACUUCAUCCUGGAGCCUAAAGAGCUGGAUGAUGUGUAUGAUGGGUAUGAAGUCUCUGAAGAUUCCUUCUUCCAGAACAUGCUGAAUUUGUAUAACUUCACUGCCAAAGUGAUGGCUGACCAGCUCCGAAAGCCUCCCGCCCGGGAACAGUGGAGCAUGACCCCCCAGACAGUGAAUGCCUACUACCUUCCAACCAAGAAUGAAAUUGUCUUCCCUGCUGGCAUCCUGCAGGCCCCCUUCUAUGCCCGCAACCACCCCAAGGCCCUGAACUUCGGUGGCAUCGGCGUGGUGAUGGGCCACGAGUUGACGCAUGCCUUUGAUGACCAAGGGCGUGAGUAUGACAAGGAAGGGAACCUGCGGCCGUGGUGGCAGAAUGAGUCACUGGCAGCCUUCCAGAACCACACGGCCUGCAUGGAGGAGCAGUACAGCCAGUACCGCGUCAACGGGGAGAAGCUCAACGGCCGCCAGACGCUGGGGGAGAACAUUGCUGACAACGGAGGGCUUAAGGCUGCCUACAAUGCCUACAAGGCAUGGCUGAGAAGGAAUGGUGAGGAGAAGCAGCUGCCAGCCGUGGGACUCACCAACCACCAGCUCUUCUUUGUGGGAUUUGCCCAGGUGUGGUGCUCGGUCCGCACACCCGAGAGCUCUCACGAGGGGCUGGUGACCGACCCCCACAGCCCUGCCCGCUUCCGUGUGCUGGGCACUCUCUCCAACUCCCGUGACUUCCUGCGGCACUUCGGCUGCCCUGUCGGCUCCCCCAUGAACCCGGGGCAGCUGUGUGAAGUGUGGUAGACCUGGGUCUGGGGGGGAACGGCCAGCUGUUGCUAGGGCCUGGCGCAGCUCGCCCGGCAAGGCUGUUUGCUCUGGAGUUUGGAGAAGGCAAAUGCCAGCUAGACUCGGUCUAGCCCCUCCACACACCACAGGUGACGAGUCCCAGUCCCUGCUCAACCACCACAUUGUGCCUCUGCUUUGGGGGUGCCCCUGCCUCCAGCAGAGCCCCCACCACUCACCGUGACAUCCUUCCAUGUCACCUUGCCUGAAGGAGGCCUGGGUGGGGGUGCGGGGCACCAGCUCCCCCAGGAGGGAGUCGGCUUUUCUAGCCCCGAGCUCACUCGCUUGACGGCCAUGGGGCCUGCCGUGCCUGCUGCACUCUGACAACGCGGGGCCUGGGUGGUGUGUCUUCCACGCUUCUUCUGGAGGCUCACACGAUGCUCAUGUGGGAGUGGACUUAGCUCCUUUAGCACCCCCUCAGGGGCCGCCCUCCACCUCAUGCUCCUCAUACUGCUGCUUCCACACUGCUGCCAACCCUCACUGACAGACCAACUGGACUCGGCUCCUAGUGGGAGCCUGAGGGCCUCUGCAGGCUCCCUGCUGCCUCCUGGUUCCCGGGGCUCAGGGUGGGAGUGUGUAUGUGUAGGGGAUGCUAAUUCCUGUGUAUGGCGGCACAACUCUUAGGGGAAGACUGAGUCUUCCCGGACCAAGCCGGAAAGCAGAACAGGGAGAGGAAAGGACAGAGUUUAUUUUUGCAGAAAAGAGGGUGGGGAGGGUGUGGUCUUGGCCCUGUAGGACCCUGUGCCAAUAAACAGACAUGCAUCAGUCA